ACUAAAAUCGCUAAAAUGUUAGUUUAGUUUAGGUUUAGAAUAAAUAAACAAAGUUAAAGAUGGACCAUAAUACGAAUGGGCGAGCAAUAUUAGAACUCCUAAAGAGACCUGGUAAUGAUAUUUGUGCUGAUUGUAAUUGCAAAAAACCAGAGUGGGCAUCGUACAAUGUAGGAAUAUUUAUUUGUAAACGCUGCUCAAGAAUUCAUCAAGGUCUGGGAGCUCACAUUUCCAAAGUAAAACAUGUUAAGCUGGAAAUCUGGGAAGAUAGUGAGAUAGAACGAAUGCGAGAGGUUGGAAACAAUGUUGCCAAAAUGAAGUAUGAAUCUAGAGUACCGGCUUGGUACAGACGGCCUUUUGAUGGAGAUCCUCAGCCACUGCUGGAAGACUGGAUUUGUGCCAAAUACCAAAGAGGAGAGUUCAUGAGCAACGAUCAACGGCCGAGCUACAUGUGUGGCAAUCUGGAGGGUUAUCUGAUGAAGAAGGGAAAAGAGGACGAUGCAUGUCGGCCUCGCAAGUUUGUGCUGGAAGAUGACACCCUGAGGUACUAUGUAAAAGAGAACAAGGAGCCAAAGGUAGUGAUCCGACUGGGUGAUCUAAAUGUGUCGUUUAUCUCGGACAGAUGGUCAGAGCGCAAUGGUCUACAGCUGAUUUUGCUGCGCACUGGGCUACAGCUGACAUAUCUGCGCGAUGGUACGACACGGCAUAUCUUCAUCUACCACGACGACCUGCAAACCAUCAUACACUGGUAUCAGGCAAUUCGCUACUUCAAACUGCAGCAGUUACAAGUAGCCUUUCCUGGAGCACAUGAAGAUGAUCUUGUAGGGUUGCUGACACAAGACUUCAUCAAGGAAGGGUGGUUAUGGAAGACUGGACCGAGGAUAACAGAUUCCUACAGGAAACGGUGGUUCACACUCGACGGCCGGAAACUCAUGUAUCAUGAAGACAAAUUGGACGCACAUCCCAAAGGUGAGAUAUUCCUGGGUCACAUGCUAGACGGCUACAGUGUGCGGGUGGGUGUACAGCCGGGUGCGCGAGACCAAGGAUUCUCGUUCACGCUGCGCACGCCCGAGCGCUGGUAUAACCUGUCGGCCAACACUGCGCCGGACCGCGACUCGUGGAUUAGCGCAAUAGAGAGUGUCACAGCUCGGCCCCUCAGCGUUCACGACAAAACCUUGUGUGCUCGACUUACGCGUAAGAAUACUAGAUGGAGUAUUUAUAGAUCGUCUUGAGAUAUUGAUCAGUAAAGAGAAGAACCAUAAUAUCACUUUUCUAGAGAGAGGUAUAUGGCUUAAGUAGAACAGCUCGACCAAAUUGUUGUAAAUGUCUAUUACAGUUGUGGUACUGAUCGUAGUAUUUUAGACUUAAGGAUCUGAUUUCUUAUAGGCUUUACAACAACAAAAAUAUCUGAUUAAUCACAAAACGAAACAUAUUUUAUUUUUUAAUGUAGGUUAGUAUGUAGGCUAUAUAUUAUUUAUCUGGAAUAAUUUUUAUCAAUUAUACAUAAAGUACUGAAUGAUCCUUAUAUUUUUUAGAUUUUAAGUGAAAAAUAUAGUUUUUGUCAUGCUGCAGAGAAAAAAAGUUCUUUUAAUACAUGCAUUGCGGGCUUAAGGUAUGUCUCUUUUAUAUUUAAGGCAAAAAAGAAUCGAGAUUCGAGGGCUUCAGCUGUACAUUUUUUGGCCUUAUAAACUGGUCCGCUGAUUAAAAAAAAAUAGUUCCAAUUUUAAUAAGUAUACUAUUACCAUUGUAUUAUUAUUAAAAUUGAUUCGAGUUUACUACAAUUUUACAUUUCAUUAGAGGAGUAGCCUACCUUUUGCAUUUAACUUUCUGUGAAAUGCUAUCAGCUAUAACUUUAUUAUAGCAAAACACCCAUUUUGAGAGUUAGUUUGCCUCAAAAACUGGUGCAGUAUGACAAAAAAAUAUCGUUCAUUACAUGGACCAAAGUCUUUUAAAUCCUCACUAAUUCCUAAUUAUUUUGCAACGACUGUUGGACUUGAGCUGGUGUUGACAAGAAUCACUUUGGAUACUAGUGAUGGGAUAUUAUUGCAUGUGUAUGGUUUUUACCUGUGAUAUUACUAUAAAAUCGACUAUUUUCUUUUCAAUACUACAAAAAUAUACUGUGUAAAUAAAGUAUUGUUAGGUAGAUUUAUCCUCGUUAAAGAAAAUGAAAAUCAAUCUUUUGAUGGAUUUUUCAGAGAUUGUUAUGCAGAAACUAAGUGUGUUCAGUUUAAAGGACUAGGUAUGUUAGUUGGGGUUUUAUUUGUUGUAUUACCGUUGAGAGAUUAAUUAUAAGUCUACCAAAGUACUUAUCAUGAAUACUAAUGAUUCCAAUUGUAAUUUUUGAAAAAUAUAACCAAAGUUGGUAUUCUAAAAAAAAUUGUUGCAGUUAAAUAUAUUGAAAUAGUCUUUUUAAAAAAAUAGAAAGGAAUCAUCUAGGAGUAUAAUACCAGUAAUUGGACUACAUUCUUUGAUGAAUUGAACUGUUGAUAGCUUUUAAGCAUUGUGAGUCUCAUAUUGAAUUUAUCUUUUAAAGUAGAAUCUCCUCUCUUUUAUUUCAUAUUAGACAUGCAGCAACUGUUUUAACCUGUAAACUGAUUGUGAAAACAGCUCUAUUGUAAGAUAAAGAUAAUUUUUCAAGUGUUUACUGAUAAUUAAUUUUUUUUACUGAAUGAAAAUUGAGCAUGGUUAUAAAACCAUCUAGAGGCCUAAUCUACUUCUUAGCUCUUUUAAAUUAUUUUCAUGCCAAAUCAGAAACUCUUCUGUAAGUUGUUGAUAAAAGUUUAGGUUGUUUAACACUACCGAAAUCCGAAACCCCACAUAGGCUGACAUUAACCGAAACCCCCGGUCUGUGAGAAAUACGAAACUUUAAAGGGCUCCAGGGCCUCAAUCUCUCAUUAUUUCCCUAAAGAGAAAGUUUCCUGCACAAUUUCACGCUACGCUCUUUCCAAUGACACCAAAAACAUGACAAUCGGUUCAGUAGUUUCGGAGGAGUAAUUGUCACAAAAAUCCUGCUUGCGUAUUAAAUAAGUAUAGAUUAAAAAAGCCAGCAAAAGACACAAAAUAUUUCAAAUGAAUCAACCCUGUCCACUAAACUAUCAAUCACAAUUGCACGGGUUUUUUAAUUAAAAAAUAUAAUUGAAUAAUCAACUCACACAGGGUGCUAUCAUGUAAAAUAUUAUUUUCUCCUUAUUUUUUUGUUUCUGAGGUAUUAGAUGUGACCUUAAUGUGCUAUAACUUACAAUGUUAUGUUUUACAAUAAGUUUCACUUGGUUAAAAAGUUGGUGUAUUCGACAAAAAUCAUUAAUUUACACCAGCGGGCGAUCAACUCCUGCUGUCAGUGGUGAUUCUACUAUGUCCAUUAUUUUAGCAUGGAAAUGGUCCUCAAUAAUCUUUUGACUGAUCUAAACCAGAAAUGUUUGGCAAAUGUAAGACAAUUUUAUUGUAUUGUGUAUUCACUUUUAUAUUUAUAUUGUUUAUUUGUACAUAGUCUCCAAACUUAUACCUAAAUAGGUUUAGUAUUCAAAAUGCGUACAAUAUUGUUACCCAAUUCUAGUUGCCUUUUUUGUAGUUACUAAUGUGACUAUCGAAUCAUUAAGUUAAGAGAUAUUGAUAUAUUUGUUCUGAAUUGUGAUGAUGGGUUGUUUGAAAUACAAUUAAUACUUUUUGAGCCUUGUUGGUCUUGGGGUAAAGAGCUUGAAUUAUUACAGUUAAUUUUGGCACCAAAACUGGACAGAGUUUGUAUGGUUUCCUCUACAAGCUAUGAAAGUUGUAAAGUCCUUUAGUCCUUUUUGAAACACCCUGUACUUUGAUGUGUGUUGUACUUUUGGACAAGUAACUUCCUCUAAAGCAGAAUUAAUUAAUUAUAUUUUAUUUACAUUUUAAAUACAUUGUUUACGGUAUGGUUAUGAGUAGCAGAUUAGAUAUAUUAUUAUAUUUGGGGGCUUUUAAAUCAUGAAGUAAUAAUUUGAUAUCUUGUUCAUAAGAGGAACCUGCUUGACAAACAAAACAAAAAAAACUGUCUAAAUGAAUAAUUUAAAAUCUAAAGGCUCUUUGGAAAUGUAACAUUCAACAAUCUUUCAUCAGUAAUUCUAUCAUACAAUCCAGUUAUAUCUUGUUUGUUUUUAUGGGGGAUUUAAAUUUGUGAAUGAAUUAGAAACAAAAACUAAUAGUUUUUUUUCUUGUAGGCCUAGUAUCCUUUUUUUUAUAACCAAUGUAUAGUCCGUCAUAAAAUAUUUAUUAUCAACAAGGUUGUAUUGGAACAUUGAUUCACCUUAAGAGAAGUAUCGUAUAAAUCCCCCAUAAAAAGAUAUUUUAUGCUCAAUAUUACCGUUGUUAUGUAGGUUAGUAAGUAGAGCAAUAUUGUUAUUCCCAUUUUUUAUGUAUUUAAAAUUUGUUUUAUUGAAUAUAAAAUCUAUAUACACA